CUUUGCAACCAACACUCUUAAUCCCAUCAUGUCGCUCGGCCACGAAGAUGACAUGAUAGACAGGCUAUCCACAACCCUCAACAAUGCCGAUGCGCCACAAUCGAAGGCGGAGAAAGAGCUUGCCCAGCUCCAACAAUCACAACAAGAAAGAAUGAUUCAACAGAACAAGCAUUACCUCGAAGAGCUCUUUGUUGAGAGUCGAACCCAGCCCAUUAAGAUCAAGAAUGUCCAGAUCACCAACAGUCAGUCUUUCCGUACUUCAUUCUUGGCCAGCCAAUUCGAGCCGUUGUUGAAGCACAACACCCCAAUCGGACUCGAAACGUUUCUCAAGAACAUCGAGCAGGUAUCCAAGUCUUUCAUCAAACUCGGAUUAGUUCAGGACUUGAUGGUGUCGGUCAAUCACCUUCCUCGCUCCUAUUUCUCCCGGCCUUCGGCCAGUCUUGAUGUGGUUCCUGUCUUCAACAUCAUCCCUGUCAAGAAGUUCUACGCGAAGACAGGAACCAACAUUGGUAACGGCGAGGGGGAUGGUUACAUCGAGUUCCAGUUCAAGAACCUUUUUGGUGGUGCGGAAAAUCUCACAUUUGACGCCAUUUCAGGUACCAAGACUCAGAGUUCGUACUUGAUCAAUUACAACCAACCUUUGUUCAACAACGCCAACUUCAUACUUGAAAACGUGGGUUACUUGAACACCAGAAAAUAUGACUGGUUUAACUCUGAUGUCACUAUGAGGGGACUUACCAAUAGAAUAUACACCCAGUUAGAAGGGGGCUUGAACCAUGAAUUGACCCUUGAGAACAGUUGGAGAAUUCUUAAUAACUUGAACUCGAAAUCGAAUGACAUUUUGUUCCAGUCUGGCUCGAGCUUGAAGUCAUCCUUGAGCUAUAACAUCAACUACGAUACUAGAAAUAAUCACAUCCUACCAACUGCUGGAAAGUACAUAAAGGCAGGAGUAGAAUUCAACGGUUUAACUAAAAGCACCAGUUCUCCAUUCUUAAAAUCAAUUCUUGAAUCUCAGUUUACUCUUCCUGUCAAAUCCUUAAAGUCUAGCUUGGUUUUCACUCACAAAUCAGGUGUAUUGUACCCACUCGGAAACUCCAGCUUCAUCUUGGAUAGAUUUUUCAUUGGUGGUCCUAAUGAUGUGAGAUCAUUCACCAUGAAUGGCCUUGGCCCCAAAAGUUACAACUCUUCUGUUGGUGGUGACGUAUUCUUGAAUGGAGGAGUGUCCUUAGUAUCCAAAAUUCCAGGUAUCAGUGAAGAAUCAAACUUCAAGCUCCACAACUUCGUCAACUUUGGUAAAUUAAUGCCUUUGCAGAAGAAAUUAGGGCUUGCUGGUUUAGCAAAGGAUUUCAGUGGAAAUUAUUCCGUCAGCUACGGAUUUGGAAUCUUGUUCAACCAUCCAAUGGCGAGAUUUGAGUUAAACUUCGUUUUGCCAUUGGCAGUUCACGAAAGAGAUAGUAUCAGAAAGGGAAUCCAGUAUGGAAUUGGUGUGUCUUUCUUGUGAGGAUUAUGCCUGUCUUACAUACCCCUUAUAGUCAUUUUUCAUCAUGUAUAUAUGUAUAUUUGUACACUUAAUAGACUUAAUAUGUCAUUGGAUAUAUAGCAUUUCCAGUGAUGAUCAGAGUAAAACAGAGCAGAAAUCAAUGCAGACUA